GUUUUCUAGUAUAUCUGGAGAGAGAGGAGGCCAAGAGAAGAGACGAGAAGAGGGAUUUACAUUCGUCGAGCCCUCACCGCUCGCUCUCUCUUUAUCGCUUGCUAGCAAAUCUCCUUCGAAGAGGAUUCUCUGAAGCGGAGAAAAAAUGGGGCUUACCUUCACGAAGCUCUUCAGCCGUCUUUUUGCGAAGAAGGAGAUGAGGAUCUUGAUGGUCGGGCUUGAUGCGGCUGGUAAAACGACUAUCCUGUACAAGCUCAAGCUUGGAGAGAUCGUCACCACUAUCCCCACAAUCGGAUUCAAUGUGGAGACUGUGGAGUACAAGAACAUCAGCUUCACUGUUUGGGAUGUUGGUGGUCAGGAUAAGAUCAGACCUUUAUGGAGGCACUACUUCCAGAACACUCAGGGCCUUAUCUUUGUUGUUGAUAGCAAUGAUAGGGAUCGUAUUGUUGAGGCGAGGGAUGAGCUCCAUCGGAUGCUAAAUGAGGAUGAGUUACGUGAUGCUGUGUUGCUUGUGUUUGCAAACAAACAAGACCUUCCUAAUGCAAUGAAUGCUGCUGAAAUUACUGAUAAGCUUGGCCUUCAUUCUCUGCGUCAGCGACACUGGUACAUCCAGAGCACUUGUGCGACCUCUGGUGAGGGGUUGUAUGAGGGGCUGGAUUGGCUCUCCAACAACAUUGCCAACAAGGCUUAAAAUUUUCAACGUUGCUGGGCAAAGGGUUUGAAAUAUAAUUCUGGGUUAUAUAUGCCUCUUGCAGUUGCGGUGGGUGUUUGGUGUAUGAUAGUCUUUUAGCCAUCAGUUUGUUGGCCAAGGAUCAUUUACCAUUCUUUUUUUUUUUUUCGUUUUUUCUAGGUUUCUUUCAUUUUGUUCUACUGUUCGGAACCUUUCUUUUUCUGUGAGCGUUGUAGUAAUUGACUUAUGCAGUCUGCAGAGUAGUGUUAUAUGAUCUUAUUACAUUUCCGUGGGUUG